UAUAGAUUAAAUAUUAAAACUGUACAAAAUGUAUUAUAUAUUGCAGUGUGAAUCAGAAAUUGUGUAUUUUUUCAGAGUCUAGCAGUACAUUAUGGAGAGGCAUCAAGAUACAACUGAGGUUUUUGACGCUCCGUUAGAUCGGCCUAGAGAUGAAGGAGAAGAUAGAACUAAUCUUAUCAUAAACUAUUUACCACAGUCGAUGACGGAUAACGAAAUGUACAGUAUGUUUAUCACCUGUGGUCCACUAGUAUCCGCUAAAAUAAUGCGGGAUAAAUCAUCAGGGUACAGCUACGGAUACGGUUUUGUACAAUACCAGUCAAGAAUAAAGAGAAUUAAAGUGUCAUACAGUCGCCCUAAUACCGCUGACAUUAGAAACACAAACCUUUAUAUCGGAAAUGUUCCUCCAGGUAUAUCAGAAGAAGACCUGCUAAAUCUGUUUGCACCGUAUGGGAGUAUUCUUACACGAAACGUUUUAAAGGAUCAGAAUGGUCGGAACAAGGGAAUUGCAUUCAUCAGAUUUAGUAAAAAAUCCGAAGCGGACUAUGCCAUCUCACAGCUCAACGGAUACCUAAUCCCAGGACACAGUCAUCCGUUGGACGUGAAGGUGGCCGAGGAUCAUGGAAAACAGAAAGCUGCGUUCUACGCGGGGUUUUCAGUUGGACAACAAGAGUAUAUGGAUGAUCCGUCCCUGGGUUCCCUUGAUGUAGGAGAUGCAGGUACAUUCGCCUGGAGCGGAGGAAGGGGAGGUGGAGCUGGUAGAGGGCGGGGCAGGGGAGGACCGCCCUCUAUUGCUGCUUCCAUGGCAGCUACAGGGUUUGGAUAUGGGUUCAAUGCAGUGCCCGGAGCUGGACGAGGAAACCGAUACAAUCCAGUCAGUCGCGGCGGACAGAAGGCGGGUUUCAGUCCCACACCCCGGGGUGGAGGAGGCUGGGGAGGCGGAGGGUUCAGUCAGAAUGGCGUUAGCGGUGGAUUCGGCGACGACAGUAUACCGUGGAACUAGACGACAUCACCAGGUUCAGUGGGAGAGAACUCUGGUAAGGGACUCCUACCUAUCCCCUCGCAUCUAUACGCCG